AUGAUUCCAACAAUGAAUCGACAAGAAAGAUUUAUGAAACGUACGCAUACAAUUAUGUCAGAAACAUAUACGAACGCAGGUAACUCAACAUCAAGAUCUAUGAGCUCGAGAUCUACAUCAGGAUCAUCUUCAAGUUCAAGUUCAUUUUCUCAAGCUUUCAAAUCAGAUCCUGGACUUCUUUCCGUUCCGACACCAUUUGAAACUGGUCUAACAAAACUCGAACCGAAACCUCAUAAAAAGGUAUUUCACUACAAAAAUCAGGAGAGUACAGGUUUAGACUUUGAUAUUACAAGUCAUUUCUUAUUUCAUUUUUAG